UCAGGGAUAUGGAAGACCCCGCUUUGACUGGAGGACGGCCAUCUAUCAACAUUGUGACCAGCAAGGCCACACUAUAAGGUUCUGUAAUAUAAGACUGGAAGACGAGAGAAGCGGGCUGAUUUCCUCUACUAUGGAUGGGGAUAUCUACGAUCAAUUUGGGGAGGCCAUUGACAGAAGGCUUGGAGGAGUGAGAGCUGAAGCCCACCGAAGAGCGGCAACGGGACCACCGCCCUCUGCCAUAUUCAGGCUAUGGCAGGAAAAGGAGGAACCACCGUUUGGGGUGGAAGAAGUGGGAAGUGAUGAGGAAGUGACUCAAGGGCUACGAGGAGGAAGUAAGACAGAAGAGGCCAUAAUCAUCGAGUCAGAUGACGAGGAGGAGGAGGAAAGAACGGAGCCUCCAUCCGUCUUAUUUGAGAAGAUGAAGGACUUGCUGGAUAAGAUGGGGAGGUACCAACAGAAGUUGGUGGGCCUCUGUGAAGAAGUGAAACAAUGGAGGUCUAACAUCCCCACAGUACUCCUCUAUGACUCCGGUCCGGAGUCAGCGCCUGGGCGACCCGGAGUAAAUGUAGUGGGGUCGUGCCCUCAACCAGGAUUAAGGGGGAGACCCCUCACUCCGCAAGCCCGGCUGGCACAGGCAGCGCGAACGAGGAAUCAAGCAACGGCUAGUACCAGCCAAGAGCCUCCAAGGAGGGAACACGAACCAGGGAGAAGGAAGAAGGUUGUGGAAGUAGAGGACGGCGAUGACGAAGAGGAAGAGGACGAGAGGCUGCGCAGAGAAGAGGAUCAGAGAGCGGAGCAGCGGGCAAGGAAAAAGGGGAUCAGGGGAGAGGCCGAACCGGUCAUACAGGACGGACCGCCCAAAAAGAAGAAAUAUGUGGUCUGGUUGGAAGAAGGAUUUCACGUAGAGAAGGUGAUUGACCGGCUGCCGGAAGGGCAUAAUGACCUCAUGACCCUGAAGGAAAUCCUAGAGUCAGCCCCGCGACUCCGCUAUGAACUGAAGGGGAGGUUAUCACGGCGCCUGGUGCCCAAUGUCCAUCUGGGUACGAUCCUGCCCAAGGAGGCAGAGUGGGCAGAGUCAGGUACGAAGAUGGACUGGAAGUGCGUAGCCUGCUGUACGGUGGAUUUGAUGGUGAAGGGUUCCAAGUGCGCAGCAAUGGUGGACACCGGGGCAGAAAUGAACAUUAUUCGGGAGGCGGACGCGAUCAGAUUCGGGCUGGAUAUAGACCGUUCUGACUGCGGUAUUCUGCAUGGAGUUUGUUGUAAGGCCAUGUUUUUCGGGACAAUCUCGAAUGUUCUCGUCGAGGUUGGAAAGGUGAAGAGGAAGCAUCGCGCCUACGCAUUUAGUGACGAGGAGCAUGGCAGGCUGGAUGUAGAUAAGAUACCUAUGAUCCGCAUCCACACCGUGCCACACGAACCUUGGAACAUAAGAGGGGCGCGGUAUCCCAAUCCUGACAAGGAGAGGAAGGUGGUGGAUUAUCUCGACGGCAAGAUACGUACUCAUGUCGCCGACUAUUCAAGUGGACCGUAUGCGUCCCCGUGGUUCUGCUUUAUUAAGCCUAACGGGACGCUGCAGUGGGUGCUCGAUUUGCAGAGAUUGGAUGCAGUGGCCGUGCGAGAUGCUGGAGGACUGCCGAAUGCAGAUGCGCUGUCGGAAUCCUGUGCUGGAAGGCCUAUAAUUUCGCUUAUAGACCUUUACUCAGGAUACGACCAGUUCCCAGUCUACCUGCCGGAUAGGCCGGUGACAGUUGUGCACACGCCGCGAGGAUUAGAAAGCCUAGACCAGUCAGGCUCGUUGAACCCGACAGGGAAUGUGGACGAAAUACCCGAGAGACAGGACGACGAGUUCGAAGAAGGGGAAAUUAAGGAGGUUUUUGGUGCAGAGGAGUACGACGGGAUCUACCUAGAGCUGGGUCUUCUGUCAUGUGAAAUGCGGCUAAGAGAUACGAGCGAUAGGGCUCAAAGGAUGCUGCAACGCUACUUAGUGCGAGACGGUCACCUUUUCGUAAGAAGGGAAGUGGGGAAUCCCAGGAGGGUCGUCUGCGGUAGGAAUCGUCAGAUCAACGUCGUAGCAGCACUACACGAUGGCAUUGCAGGAGGGCAUCGAGGGGUACAAGCCACGUCUGACUUUACGAAGACAGCCAUGCCAAGAGGAGGGAAGGGGACACGGUCGCCUCAAAGGCCGUUGGGCGCAUCAGGAGGAUAUGAGCGGCAUGGGCCUCGCCAACGAGAGAGUACUCCAGUCUACAAUGAUGGGGACAUCGAGCUAUUCCUGGACAGUUUCUCGGAGCAUGCGAGGCGUAUGGGCUGGACCGUCACUCAGGCGAUUGAGAGAUUGAGGGGAGCAGGUAAGUUCGAAAAGCCCAUUGCCAGGAUUCGUAGGGAGGCGACGACGAGGCAGGAGGUGGAGAUAAGGAUGGAGGAGAUGCGACCCUCGCCUGUGGGACCUGAAGGUAGGCCGAUCCGCCUGGAGAUUGGAAAUGCGUCGGACUUCAUCCCCGCGUUUGAGUGGUUCAUGCAAGAGCAGGGCAUACAGAGAGAUGAUUGGAUGCAGACACUACCACUCUGGACCAGGAAGGCGGAAAGGCCACUGGCUAUGCAGAUCAGGGACAUGGCACGAGAGUGCGAAAGUUGCAGGGCACAUUUGAGAGAGGCCUUUCGAUGGCCAGAGCUCCCUCAGCCCAGAGUCGAGAGGCGGCAGAGGAGUCAGAGGCCGAGGGACCCUGAGCCCUUGGAGGCGAGACCAUCUCGAGGAGGACGGAAGGCCCUAGCCAGGAGAGAGCAGGAGCCAGAGGAUGAGGAGCGAGGGGCAUACUCUGAGUGUGGGUUGGGGCCAGUGGAGUUCCAUCGUUUUACUGAGGGUGGAUUGAGGAGGUCGCCAGCACACACACAGGAGGAGCCACCAGCGUCAGAGGGGCCCUUGAGGGAAUUGGGGAUGCAUUUAGAUAUUUCUCGGUGGAGGGCGUCGCUUCAGGGUGAGGGGCAUGGAGAGCAGGCAAAGGAGGUGCCACGAGAGGAGGUACCACAGGAAUAGGUCCGGGGUACUCAGCGAGAGAGAGGGCUGGGCGAUGAGGGGAGACGUGCAGGGAAGGAAGUGAUAGAGGUUGGAGAGGA